UAUUUUGCUAGUGUCUUAAAUAUACAUGGUGUGACUUUAUACAUUUGCAUGAGCCUAGCAGAGUUCAGCAUUGUCAUUCCUAGUGAGCUGGUUUCUUCCCUUCAUCCCAACAUACAGUUUUUACUCAGCCUAUUUAUUACUAAGGCUAAAAUUCUGCUGCUGUGUCUUACAAUUCUUAUGGUUUCAGAAAGUCCAUUUAAACAGGCCAGAACGGGAUAAAGGGGCCUUAGAAAAUGUAACUUUGAAAAUCAGGCUUUAUGCUACUCCCACUUUAUGCUACUCCCACUGCUUCCAGGCUUUGGUUUUUUGUGUUGGGGUUUGGUUUUUUUUUUUGGUUUUUUUUGGUUUGUUGUUGGUUUGGUUUUUUGUUUUGUUUUGGUUUGGGUUUUUUUUGUUUGUUUGUUUGUUUGUUUUGCUGGAAUGCAUUGUAGGCCUUAAGCUGGGAAAUUCAACUGCAGAGGUGGUUGUUUAUAGUGAAAAAGAUGUUAAUAAUGACCUCACAUAUGCAAAAUUGUAGAGUUCCAAAAUAUGCCAAUUCCCUGGAAUAACAGCCUUUAGAAGUUCAAACUGAUUUCCUCAAGACUUGUCUGAUGCAGGCACAUGGCACACACGAGAAUCCAGCUGAGAUGUGGGUCACGUGCUGCAAGCAGGAGCUGAUAUUUCUGAACCAGGAGCAAAGUACUGGCAGCAGUGUGUCUGGAGGUCUUGGCUUAAGGCUGCUGCAGUCCCAUAGCCCCUGCCCAGCUUCAGCCAUCGCUGGCUCAUUCUGCAGGCUUUGCAGUUGGUGUCAUUGUGCAGCUGCGUUUGCAGCCCCGGCUCAGCCUCCAGGUUUCCUCACAGCAUCCUGACUUACUGGAGUGCAUUUUUUGUGUAUUCCUGCUCUACAAGUUUUGUGUUCUGUUUGGGAGAGGAGGAGACCUGUAACUUCAGAAGUUUAUAAAGAACCAAAUGUAACAAUCCAGCAGUACCAGAAUCAGCUGCUUUCAGCCCAUGGGGAACCAUGAAGCUACAUUAAUUUUUGCUUUGUUGUCUCAUUAAAAUGCUGCAUUUUGGCCAUUGUUCAGUGAAACAGAAAUUUCCCAAGCCAUCCCCCACUGAAAUGACAUUGUGCUUUUCAAAAGAUUUUAAGGAGUCGGUGGCAGCUUGUCACAAACCUUUGCUCAGAAACUGAUUUUUAUUUUCUUGAUGCCAGUGUUUUUCCUGACAGUAAUGGAAAUUGGAAUGAAAGUUUUCUCAAACCUUCAUUGUUUGUUGAAAUACGUUGUAAGGAGACCCUGGUGGCAUUUCCCCUCUGACCUUUACAUUGGAGACCACAGAUGAAAUCUUUGGUCACCAAUAGGUUCAGUUAAGGUUAACUUUUAUGUUUUAGUUAACUUUUAUGUUUUAGUUCUAUUUAGUCUGAGUCUGCUGUACCUUGGAGAGUCUGAAGUCACAUCAUAUGAGUGUUUUAUAGAGAAAGGGAGUGGUUUUACUAUUCCACACGUGUGGUUAUAUAUAAAAAGUGUAAUAUUGAAUAUUUGAUUGAUUAACUGAAUUUUCAACUUGAUGAGCUGUCACAAUGGGGUUUUGAAGCAAUGAAGAGCCAAACUAGAAAAAAAUAUUGCUGUGUUGCUCUUGGGAGAAACUGUAGGUCUGGUACAUGUACAAAUUCUGUAGUGAGGGUUUGUGUGUGUGACUCAGCAGAGAGAAAUGCGAUGCCUCAACCACCGACAUUAAGGGAAAACCUUCCUCCUCUUUGAUUUAAAAAAUUUUAAAGUCAGAGUAGUCAUCCAUUUAAAGUUGCUCAAGAACAUAAGGUAACUUUUUGAACUGAUGGCAAUUUUACAUUUGUGGAGUGGGGAGAAAAGUUAUUCAGGGCUAAAGCAUUGCUUGUUUUCAAAUUUUACAUUUUACAAUUAUGACUCUGAUGUCAGUGUAACAUUUCUCAGGGUCUAUGUUUCUACAUCCUCUGCUGCCUUCAGAACUGACAACUUUUAUUUUGUAUGUUAGCCAGGGAAAGGUUUGUAUUGCUUAAAAACUUCGGAAAACUACUAAGGGUGAGUGAGUGCUAGAAAAGAACUGUACUCCUCUUUGGUAAACUGAAGACUAGUAAUUAGUUGGAUAAAGUAUCUGAAUGUUCUGUUAAAUCACAGAAUUUGGUAACAGAGUUAAGUUAUUCCAGCUGGAGUGUAUCGAAUCUUUCAUGUGGUCAACUCCACUACUUGAAAUAAGAGCAGAAGGUCAAGUUAUUAAUUUGUAAAUGUUUGCUAAUAAUUUUUACAACCUUGCACAUAAUUGAGAUGCUUCAAAGGUCAUUAAAACUAGCAACAAAAGGGCUGGAAAGAAUUUCAUCAUCUUUCCAUUGCCUGCAACAUAUAAUUCAAUAAUGGAAUAAAGUCUGUAAAUGUAAUUAGAAGAAUUUCACAGUUUGCUCACGUAAAAUUCUUCCCUGCUCUGUUGUUCAGCAAAAGGCACUUGGCUGAAUGGAAUAGACAUUUUCUGGUGGGUGGCUGCUUUGGAAAACCACGUGGUGUGGAGAGAGUUAAGGUGAGUUAAGGUGUGGUGGAGGAAACACCUGUGCUCAGAGGCAGCUCUGUGGAAGGGGGUGGUGGUGGGAGAGUGUUGGGACAGCUGUACUCAGCACAUCAGGCUGGGCUUUGCUCCACAGUCAGCAGCAUGAGAGAUCAAAUCAACCUGCUGGCCACAGUCACAGUUCUGGGGGUCCUGGAGCAAGCCUAUUUUGCAAUGCAGGUGAUCUACGCCCGUCGGAAGUACAAGGUUUCCCCUCCCGAAACAACAGGUCACCCUGAAUUUGAGCGGACCUUCAGAGCUCAGGCCAACUGCUCAGAGUACUUCCCAAUCUUCAUUUCCCUCCUCUGGGUUGCUGGAAUCUUCUUCCAUCAAGCUGGAUCGACUGAGAAGGGCCUCAACUCCAGCUGGGAACAGCUGAGCCCACUCCUGCCUGGAGGAGGAAGCACUGGCAGCCCUUGCUCCUUUGCUGGAGCCUGGCUGUCCCCCCUGUGCUGCUUCUGCUGGACAAGGUGUGGCUGCAGCGUGUGGGCUGCUGUACCUCUACAGCCGCCUCCGGUACUUCCAGGGCUACGCCGGGGCUGCCCGGGGACGGUUGGGACCGCUGUAUGCCAGUGCCUGGCUGCUCUGGGGGCUGCUGGGGCUGGCAGUGGCUGGGCUCCUGGCACACUUCCUGAGGCCCAGCUCCUCCACAUGGAUGGCAGCACUGCUGUGGCCUCUCCAGCUCCGUGGUGCCUGGUGAGAGGGGCCACAGCUCCCCCAAAACCCACUGUCUGCCCCCUGCACAGGGGAGCCAGUCAUGUGGCACCAUCAGAGAGAGAAUAUUUCCCUGGCUCUGCAUUCCCUGCUGAAGGGAGAUGGAUGCUGGCACUCCUCUGCUCUUCAGAGAUAAUUUCCCUUCUAGAAAGCAAAUGCUUUCCAGCCUCUGCCCCUGCUGAGGAGCUUCACUGCUGGGCUUUGUAGCACUGUCUGCUCUAAAAUGCCUCUGGCUCUGCCUCAUGGAGCACAGAUUGACCCACAUGCUGUCGUCUCUCCUCCUUACUGCUGUAAUGAUCUGUGCUGAAGAAUCACACCAUGGAUAUAAAAAAUAAAUUCUUUUUCUCACUAGAAAUCACCUGUGAUUGUCAAAGGUGCUCAGAGACUGGUGUGAGAACAUCUGAGUUGGGGACUGGGUUUCAUAGAAAAAGCUGCUGUGAUUAACUGAAAAUGAUGGGUAAGCUUGCCUAAAACCACAUCCAAACAUUGGGAGAAAAGCCUGACCCUAGCCCAAGUACUAAAGUCUGUUUGGCAUUGAUUAAAUGACCUUUACUUUACCCCAGCUUCACUGAUCACCACCUCUGCAAAAGGACUUUGCCCUCCCUAGAUUCCACCCUCCACUGUGAACUUGGGGUUCACAGGUGCCUAAAGCAGCCCUGCUGCAAGUGACUCUCACUACUGCACCAAAGGUUUAAAUUUAGCUUUUAUUACAGUGCACAUUGUUUUAUAUAUUUAUAUAGAGAGAUGUACUUGAAAAAUCAAAUGUAUCCAAUAAUAAAAAAUACAGAACAUUAAAGUAGUAUAAUGCAUUCCAGUGUAUAGCUGAAAGGACAUUGGGAUUUACACUAAUCCCUACUAUUUUUGAACUGGGCUACCUCUGCUUUUUUUUUUUUCCAUCCCCAAAAAACCCACAUCAA